AUGGUCGCCGAAACUGAACCUAAAUCGGUGUGUGUUUAUUGCGGGUCCUCCUCUGGUGCUACGCCAAUAUACUCGAAACAAGCUAAUGAACUGGGCCGUCUAUUCCAUGAAUUGGGUUGGAGAUUAGUGUAUGGUGGUGGUACCACGGGGCUAAUGGGGCAGGUCGCCAUUGGCACCAUGGGUCCGGACACAGAUGGGGCUGUACUUGGUAUUAUUCCUAAUGCAUUGGUGGCUAAGGAGCGUGAGGAUGGUAAAGAUGUGGAGAUUGAAAUUGAUGUCGAUGUGGAGCACCACAAGGGGUCUACUCCCAUUUCUGACAAAUUUGGAAGGACCAUCGUUGUCCCUGAUAUGCAUUCUAGGAAAAGAAUGAUGGCUGAGGAAAGUGAUGCGUUUGUAGCCAUGCCAGGUGGGUACGGUACUUUUGAAGAAGUUAUGGAGUGUAUAACGUGGUCGCAAUUGGGAAUUCAUAAUAAACCAAUUGUGCUCUUUAAUAUAGACGGAUUUUAUGACCAUCUUCUGGAAUUGAUUAAUCAUUCUGUUAAGCAGGGGUUUAUCAGCGAGAAGAAUAGAGAGAUUGUACAAGUUGCAGAGACCGCACAAGAAGUGAUAGAAAAGAUUCAAAACUAUGUGGUUCCAGAAGGUCGCUUCAACUUGAAUUGGACAGAUGAGGGCCACAAGCAUGGACCUCAUCAUCAUCAUAAGGAACAUUGUUAA